CCACGGAUGGCAGACAAACUUGCGAAACAAGUAGGUUGGCUGACUUUCGAUUCUUCUUGUUGGCUUGGACCCUCCUUCCUCUCCUACCCACCGGGCCGGGCGGCAACCCAGCCGAUCCCCAUUCCCCCACCCACCCACCCACUCUCCAUGGACACGGGCAUGGAGUUGUCCUCCUCCGCCCUCCUUCCUCCCCCCACCUUCUAGGACUAGGCCUAAGGACUAGGAGUGGCGCCGCGGUGCCGUGUGGCGUUGACUGGAGAUCCAGAGGGCGCCAUCCGUCCUCGAUUUGAACUUGGGUUCACCUCGCCUUUUCUCUUCCUCUCCCUGGACUGAAUCUUUGUCCAAGAUCUCAAGUUCCAGAAUUCCUAUCAGUGCAACUGUUAACACUAUUUUUACUUAAAUCUUUGUCCAAGAUAAAAAAUGGGAUGUAUAAUCGACAGUUCCUCAACAAUUGAAAAAGGCUUGGCUUAACGAUUGAAAAAUGGGUUGUAUUAGAGGGAUGAGGCGAAGAUCCAGGCUUGGGCUAACCUGGAGAGCGCCAAGGCUAAACAACAAUCAAGAAAGCUAGAGGUCUGCCAUUGAGGAGUCACAUGUGUUUCAGUGGCGGUUAGAAGCCUACAACUCUACACUCACGUGAAGUUGUGGUUGGAUUUGUUAACCGUCCAUGUUGAGGGCAAAGCAACUCAGCACCCUAACUCAGUGUGCACGGUCCUUCUAUCUUAAUGGAUCAAGGUGCGGUAGCACAGAUGGAGCUUCAUGCACAUGCCCUGAGGAUGAGACUUAUGCUCCAAAAAGGCAGACUGCAAGUGCUAUCGAGCAGAAUUCUCAUUCAACCCACAGAACAUUUGUGAAGAUUCAGCCUCCUUUGCAAGAUGCUACUAGAGCUACUGGCCACCCAGUUCCAGCUGUUCAUGCCACUACCUCAACUUCAGGAAAGGAGGCUGCAUCUAGUAACAGAAGCAAUCAUCCUCACAGUCAUCAUCAGAUCAUAAGAAGUGAUUAUGUACAGCCAUCUAAGCAGACAGCCAGAAGCAUUUCUCAAUCUGGAAUUGCUGGAGCUGGUGUAUAUUCAGAGCUGGUUAAUAUCAGGUCCUCAUCUAAUAAUGGAAGCACUGAUCAGGCUCCACAGAUGGGUACUAACUAUUCUUAUCAGAUUUUAUCUGAUAACCAUUCUUCUAAUAAUAGGGCACAGAAUCAACUUAACUUUCCUGAGGGAAAGAUGGCUUAUAACCCUUCCGUGAACAAUGAAUUUGGGAAGGGUUACCCAAGAGCUGGCUAUGCAAAGCCAAAGCAGAGUUUCUCAGGACCUUCUGUGAUGGUUUCCAGUUCACCAUCACAAAUAAGGAGUCAAGGGCAUCCUGGUCUACCUCCUGCAAAAUAUCAUUCUAAUCAUUUCAAUUCAGAUGCCAGGCAAGAUGAUGUACAAACUCGGAACCCAUCAGGUCCCAAUGUGUUUAGUGGUUCUGGCAACAAAAUUCAGGGUUCUACAGGAAGGGUAAAAGCUCAUAGUGGAGGACCCCAAUCUAACUUAAGAUCAUUGAAGUUAUUGCGAUCAGUUGAGCAGUACUACCACACACUGCAGCAAAUGAAAUGGGGUCCAAUGACCGAGCAUGUUCUAGACAAUCUUCAUUGCAAGAUAGAUGCAUUCCAGGCAAAUCAAGUACUCAAGCUGCUUCAUGACCACACUGUCGCUCUUGGCUUCUUUCAAUGGUUAAAGAGGCAACCUGGAUUCAAGCACGAUGGUCAUACUUACACAACCAUGAUAGGCAUCCUUGGACAAGCCAGGCAAUUUGGUGUUUUGAAGGAACUUCUGGAUGAGAUGAGCCGAGCUCACUGCAAACCAACUGUGGUGACCUACAACAGAAUAAUACAUGCAUAUGGCCGUGCAAAUUAUCUUAAGGAGGCUGUCAAAGUAUUUGAGGAAAUGCAGGAAGCUGGUUAUGAGCCUGAUCGGGUUACAUAUUGUACAUUGAUUGAUAUCCAUGCUAAAGCUGGAUACCUAGACAUUGCAAUGGAUUUAUAUGGCAGGAUGCAAGAAGUAGGCUUGUCACCUGAUACGUUCACCUACAGUGUCAUGGUUAAUUGCCUUGGUAAAGGUGGUCAAUUAGCGGCUGCUUAUAAGCUUUUCUGUGAGAUGAUUGAAAAUGGCUGCACACCUAACCUUGUUACUUACAAUAUUAUGAUUGCGCUCCAGGCCAAAGCAAGAAAUUAUGAGAAUGUUGUUAAGCUGUACAAAGACAUGCAGGUUGCUGGGUUUCGUCCUGACAAAAUAACUUACAGCAUCGUUAUGGAAGUUCUUGGUCAUUGCGGCCAUCUGGAUGAGGCUGAGGCGGUUUUUAUUGAGAUGAGGCGUGAUUGGGCUCCUGAUGAGCCGGUAUAUGGACUUUUGGUCGAUCUCUGGGGCAAAGCUGGCAAUGUUGACAAAGCGCUAGGAUGGUACCAAGCGAUGCUUCAGGAUGGUUUGCAGCCUAACGUGCCGACCUGCAAUUCGCUCUUGAGUGCUUUCCUGAAGAUGAACAGAUUUCAAGAUGCCUACAUCGUGCUCCAGAACAUGCUUGCUCGGGGGCUUGUUCCAUCUGUGCAGACUUACACCCUGCUACUCAGCUGCUGCACCGUGGGUCAGGCACAGAUGGGUUUGUGCUGCCAGCUCAUGGCCAUCACUGGACAUCCAGCUCACAUGUUCCUGCUGUACUUGCCUGAUGCAGAAGCUGGUGGCCAGAACGUCAGGGAUCACACUGGUUAUUUCUUGGACAUGAUGCACAGUGAGGACAGAGAGAGUAAAAGGGGUCUAAUGGAUGCUGUCAUAGACUUCUUGCACAAGUCCGGUCUCAAGGAGGAAGCAGGCUUUAUAUGGGAGGUUGCUGCACAGAAGAACGUGUACCCAGAUUCUGUAAGGGAGAAGAGCUCGUCGUAUUGGCUCAUCAACCUUCAUCUGAUGUCUGAGGGCACAGCAGUGACUGCACUGUCCAGGACGCUUGCCUGGUUCCAUAGGCAGGUUCUGACAUUGGGCACUGGUCCUGAAAGAAUUGACAUUGUCACUGGCUGGGGCAGGAGGAGCAGGGUAACUGGAUCUUCGCUGGUUAGGCAAUCGAUUCAAAAGCUUCUAAACCUCUUUGAAUCCCCAUUCUUCACCACCCGUGGAAAUACUGGCUGCUUUGUCGGCUGCGGGGAGCCACUCAACAAGUGGUUGCACAAUCCUUAUGUUGAGCGCAUGCAUUUAUUGUAAGCUUGCACAGUUUUGUGGAAGAAUCAGCUUGGAAUGAAUAUAAGAUGCGCACCAUAUAUAGUUCGCUCUGAUUUAGUCAGGCCAGGUGUAGUUUGGUAGCCGGAUAGUCUAUGCUUGGAAACUAUUUAUUGUGAUUGUGAUAACAUUUAGAGAUGGAUUUUUUCGUUUAGCUUGAGAUAAAUUUUCUCUCAAGAUAAAUUUUCUCUCAAUUAGCCAGUGACAGUCGCUGCUGAGUGCUGACAGGUAAUGUUGUUGAAAAAAAUUGAUGAUUAUUAAUUGAGACAGAAGAAUCAUAGCUGGAUGCA